CCGUACACAUAUCAUUUUUUUUCUUGUAAUGAGUGGAUAAACAUUUUGUUUUUAUCAAACCCGAAUCUCAGUUCCACGCGCCAUCGAAAGCUCGUGUCGACUAUCUCAAAUCUUACCCAUCUACUACUAGUAAUAUAUGCUGUUCACCGAAACAUAAACCAAGCAGCGAACACAUAGGAAAAUAGAAGAAGGAAAAAGCGGAAAGGAGAGAGAAAGAAAGCUACAGGCGUCCAUGGCAGAAGAAAAAGAAGCACAAAUUAGAGGCAACUUCUAUGAGACACCACCAUCAUCAUCAUCUUCCAUGUUACUGAUAAGGCUGAUGAGCAAAAGGAGGACAUGGGUAUGUCUAUUUGUUGUUGUGUACACAAUCCUCUUAUCAUCCACUUGGAACCUCCUCAAAUCCAUACUCUCUUGGUACGAAUCAGCCUCUUCAGUCCCAUCAUCGUCUUCUUCUGGGUGGCCGGCGCUGUACGCCUCCGUGCUGCUGGGGGCAGUUUUCGGCCUCCUCUCGAUUGGCGCCGCCUUGGCCGUGGUGGUUCCGGCGACCCUGGUGACGUGGAUCACGGUGCUGGUGCUGCUGACUUUCUGCGGGAAGCCAAGGAGCGCUGUGGUGGUGGAAGCCAAGAAAUUGACGGCUGAGAUGAGUGGUUUUGUGGUUAAGAUCUUGAUCAAGGAAGGAAAUGUUGUGGCGGCGCUCUGUGCAGUUUUGGGGUAUUUUGCACUUGUUAGAAACCACAAAGAAGAAGUAGCCUAAUUAAUUGGUUGAUGGAUGGCUUUUCUUUGUGGACUGUUUAUUAAUUUGUUGUGAAAUUUUAGGUGGGAAGUGUUUGGUUGAUCAUUAAUUGUUGUUUGAAGAAGGUUUUUUGUUUUUUAUUUUUUAUUUUUUUAUUUUUAUGGGGGUGGUUUUGGGUAAGAAGAUAUCUCAAGUUUUGGGACCUGGUUCGAGGGCUUCGAUCUGGAAUUAGUAUAUUAGAGAAUUCCUAAGCUCUUUUUAAUGUAACAGUAGUAAUAGAUAUGUUCAUAUAUAUAUAUAUAUAUAUAUGAUCUCUUACUUCCUGAUU